AUGGCAUCACUAACGUAUGAAUACACAGCACCUAAAAUUCUGCUUGCUGAUGGGCCUAGAUGCGAGAAGGCUGGCACAUAUGUCGUUUAUCAUGGAGCUGUUGCCUACAAAUGCGUAGAAGAUGCAGCCGUGGCAGCAAAACGUGGAAAACGCGCUGCAGAGGAGGAGGAGGAGGAGGAAACUUCAACGACAGAUAUUACAUUGGAGACGUCAGAAACUGAGGAGCCAACAACUCCCGAGGACGAAGAUGUCGCAACGACUACCGACGAACAGCUAACAACAGACGAGGUCGUGACAACUGUCGAAGAAGAAGCAACCACUACAGAAGAAGAUGUGGAGACCACGGCCGCGCCCGAAUCUCCAACAGAUGCACCUGUGCCCGCAGUGAAGUCAGAACAGUAUGAAAUUAGCGGUGAAGUAAUUGUAGAAACACCACAGCCUAUUUUCGAGAGUCAAUGGAAUACAUUAGCAGAGCAGAUACAGCAAAAAUUGGAAAGACGUCGAGUAAUAUUCACUGCAGACAUUUUUGUUGAAAUGCUAUAG